AUGUCUGAACGUUAUUUAUUCAUUAUUCAUUCGACAGGUAGUACAAUUCACUUUGAAUAUGAAAUCUCAAUUCGUUCAAAAAAAUUAUUAUUUGAUAAUGCUCUUGGUAAUAUAGAGUCAUCACCACAUACAGAUAAACAACGUCGAUGGCGUGCCAAGAAAAAAGAUCAACAUCAUCGUACUCAAUUAUCUAUACAGCGUUUACUAAAUGAAUCACAUCAAUAUUCAUCUGAUAUUAAUGAAAAUUUUGUUUUCUUUUUGUGUUAA